UGGCACAGUAGUUGAAUUAGCGGUAACAGCACAUGCGAGUGUGCUAAGGCGUCCUUCCUCAUCAGCGAGCACUUCACAAAAGCUAUCUGUUUAUCUCCACUAUCACCGGAAGGCGAUUAAUGAUCAAGAAAUGUCCAUACUUUUAGCAAUGAUUUAAGACAGAGAUUCCUGGAGUCCCAGCUCUCUCGCACAAUUUUGUCCCAAUUUCAAGCUAUCAAAUAUGAAUAAUCGUUCCAAUAGUGCUCAAACAAAGAAGCGCAAUCGUGGCUUACUUUCUUGCCUGGAGUGUCACAGACGAAAGCAGAAAUGUAACCGUGAACGGCCUUGUAGCGAUUGUGUGGAAAGGGGUCUGCCCGAGAAAUGCAUCUAUCGUGCCGCAAACAAUCCCAAUCGAUUGGAUCCAGCCAACGAUGGCGUGUUAACAAUCUCUCAGCUCAAGAGGAUCUUGACGGGGGAGGAGGUCGUUUUAACCACAGAAUCGGUGUACGCAUUGGCGGAGACCUCUCUUGUGGUUGCUCCUCAUCCGCGGCGUUAUGCACACCCUGACCAAUUUCCUUUUCUGGAUUCCAGUAGCUCUAAUACGAGCAACGCCGACAGUAGCUUCUCCCAGAAUCUCACAGUGAGACCCAAGUCCCCGAAUGUAGCUAGCGGUCUCUAUUAUGACCCGCCAUUGGGCACGCUAAGCACCUUCGACCCUUUCUCAAUGCUCCCCGAGAUGAUAGGCGAGCCAGUGCCGAAGCAGCUGUUAAUAAGAUACUACCUAGAGAGACUGGCCCCCUGGUUCUGUUAUCUGGAAGACAAUCUGGCAGAUAUUGAGCCCCGAAUCGCGUGGCUUCCUUUUGCCUUGGUGUACCAGCCGUUCUUCUACGCCACGCUUCUGACUGCAGCGGUACACCUCAAUCGGAAACGACGUUUUAGGGAUCCGGCGGCACUCCUCUGGUUUAAGGCUGAGACCAUCCGAGCCGCAAAUGAGAAAAUGAAUGACCCUGCAGAGGCGGCCAGUGAUGAGAUGAUCAUGGUUGCAUUGAUAUUGCUUGUUUUCAAUGUCGGCGGCCGAAACACCGAAGAGUUUGAGAUCCAUUUGAGGGGAGUUAAUGAGAUGGUAAAAUUUCGGAGCGGGAAAGAACAUCUGGGGAUGCGGGGCAUGGUAAAGAAUUGGUUGGAAGUGUGUUAUGGUCCUUGGCAUGAUGGAUGGGAAUACGGUCACUUCUCUUGAUUGGGUGUCAGCUCUGGAUUGCCUUGGAUAUUCGGGAUCAGCUUGGGGAUCUCAAAAUCGGGAAAUUUAACGGGACGGGCAAAGACGUUUAUUAAUGCUAAAGAUUAUAAUG